ACGUCCAAUGAUGUAGCAAGCACCAACUUGGCAGAUCACGACCGAAGCGCUCUAAGGAAAACACUUCUGUCUAGGUUAAUAGCUUUGGGCAAAUGACAAAAUGUGAACCAUCCCCAACAUGAACUGUUUCUCCAGCGCUGCCCAAGCAACGACCUAACAACCAACAAUUAUCAGAUACCCUGCUCAGAAGCCCGUGAUCUAAUGGCACAAAGAGAGAAAAUAUGCAAGAUGUGUCGAACUUCAAACAACGGCAGGGAUGGUUAGCAGACUAAAAUGGAAUGAGUUAAGUUUAUAGAUGUGGGACACGAGUGGACUAGCUAUUUACACACAGCAGGCUGACGCCAUAUUGGAAACCAAAAUGGCGACGGCGAGGAGGCUUCCACAUCUGGAAAUACUAUGAAAGGAAAAUAAAAGGAGCACUUAUUUGGCUUUCUUUUGAGAUUUACAAAAUGAUUAAGUUCUUCCUCUUGAUGAACAGACAAGGGCAAGUAAGACUCUGUAGGUAUUAUGAACCUGUGGAAAUCCAGAAGAGGACAUUGUUGGAAGCAGAUGUAAUUAAAAAAUGCCUAUCACGCACAAAGGACCAGUGUUCCUUUGUUGAGUAUAAGGAUUUUAAGCUCGUUUAUCGUCAGUAUGCUGCACUCUUCGUUGUAAUUGGGAUCGAUGACUCAGAGAAUGAACUGGCAGUGUAUGAACUUAUACAUAAUUUUGUUGAAGUUUUGGACAAAUAUUUCAGCAGAGUGUGUGAGUUGGAUAUCAUGUUUAAUUUAGAUAAAGUUCAUGUCAUCUUGGAUGAAAUGAUCUUGAAUGGUCGUAUUGCAGAGACCAACAAAAGCAGAAUUCUUGCCCCACUUCUUGCACUUGACAAAAUGACUGAAAGUUAAAAUGAAGUUCUUGUCAUAUAUGCACAGGUGCAGUGAAAAACUGGUUUGCAGCAGUAUUACAGGAAUAUUACAUCAUGUAAGCAGUAUUUACAAGAAAAAGUUGAAUAUAAAUUAAACAAUUUUUACAAGAAAGAACACAAUUAGAACAAGAAAGUGCAUCUUAGUGCAAAUUGGUUGAAGUGAUGCUCGUAUUGCUAAACUUGGUCAUUAGGGUUUUGUUUGCUCUCUUUCAAAUUGUAUUACUAUGACCCAGGAUGGGUCAUCCAAUAUAGUAAUGCCCAGGAAUUUAAAGCUAAUGAUAAUCCACCUGCCAAUUUCCCAAUGUAGAGUGCCAUAUGUUUGCCCUCCUUCUCUUUCCUGAAGUCAACGAUCUAUAGUUGUGUUGAUGUUGAAUAUAAGCUAGUCGUAACACCACUCAACCUGGUGUCCUGUCUCACAAAUUUGCCCAAAACCUGCAGGGUCCAAUUGUUCAUUGAAAUCUUGUCCAGUGCUGCUUAAUUGGUUGCUAUGGAGGUUCUGACCUUCACCCCAAUGAACAUGCUCCUCAGAUUUAUGUGAAAACUUACUUUAGAAAAUAUAGCAGGAUUUUAUUCUACAGUACGUAAACAUAAAGAUUAAGAAGAUGUAUUAAAUUUGUAAUAUAGAUCAGGUUCUUGUAGUUCAAUUAUAAAAUACAAGCAUCAUUGCCUUGGUAGCUGUUUGUUGUCUAUGCAGAAGCUCUUGGAAAAGUAGCCAUUAAUGAAAAAAGAAAUUAAUAUUUAGGAAGAAAAACUGGGUGCCUGCCAAACAGAUGGUCUUGUCCUACACAAUUACUUUUACAAUUGAUUGUAUUGUCAUUUGUUUCUUUAAAGAGUUAUUUAAGCAUGAGGACACUGAAUUUGUGAAGAGCCAGUGCACUCCAUCUCUUAACUCUUAGUGUGAGCUGCUUGACCGAUGUGUGGUUAUCUUAUGUACAAGAAGGUAUCUGUCACCUAUUACAGUAAAUUUAAAAUUGUAAAAAAGCCUACAAUAUUUCAGAUGGUUGCCAUUACAAUUAGAGGUAUGUCAAAAACUGGAAUAGAGUAUUUCUAUUGAUUUCAUUGAACUUCAGAUUGAAAAAUAGCAAUUCAUUCAAAUACUGCAGAUUGGUAUUCUCUCGAUAAAAGUGGCUUUAGACUGCAAACAAAAAUCAUUUCCUUAAAACAGUUAAUUAUAUUUACUUUCAUCAUGACAGAUAUCAGUUAAAUUGUCUUGUGCCUGAAAAGAUGGAUCCAUUUGUCCAGAAAAUGGGUCUGAGUCUGGCUCUGUGGUUCAGAAGGGAAGUGGGGAGAAGAGGAGUGCAGUAGCGAUAGAGGAUUCCUCAGUUAGCAGAGCAGGCAGGAGGUUCUGUGGGUGUGAAAGAAACAGCUGGUUGGUAUGCUGCCUACCAGGGUCAGGGUUGGGGAUAUCUUAGAUCUGGUUCACAGCAUUUUAAAGGGGGAGGGAGGGUGAACAGCAAGGUGCCAUGGUACAUAUUGGCACCAAUGACAAAGGUAGGAAAAAGGAUGAGGUCCUGAAGAAAGAAUAGGGGAGUUAAGUAGAAGGCUGAAAAGCAGAACCACAAGGGCAAUAAUCACUGGGAACAGGAGUGAUAGGGCUGAGGAUGGGCCAGUUGGUAAACAAGUUAAUGCAGUGUGCAGUGAGACUGUGAGGAAGGACAGGCAGAUGAUAGGGCAAUAUUGCAACCAGUGAGAUGAGUUGAAGUGUAACAUUGGGGGAAAUGGAAAAGGGUGAUGAAUACAGGACUGGAGAUGUUAUAUUUAACUGCAUCCAGUAUAUGAAAUAAGAUAGAUGAUCUCAUAGUGCAGUUAGAGAUUGGCAGAUAUAACGUUGGGAGCUUAAUAUCCAAGAGUACACAAGCAGGUCGGCUGAGGGUGUGGGGUGGCUCUGUUGGUAAAAAAUGAAAGAGGUGAUAUAGGACCAGAAGAAGUAGAAUCCUUGUGGGCAGAUUUAAGAAACUGUAAGGGCAAAAAGACCUUGAUGGAAGUUAUAUACAGGCCUCUAAGCAGCAGCCAGGAUGUGGUGUACAAAUUACAAUGGUAGAUAACAAAGACAUGUAUAAAGGGCAAAGUCAAGGGGGAUUGCAAUAUGCAGGAGGAUUGGGAAAGUCAGGUUAGUGCUGGAUCCAAAGAGAGGGAAUUUGUAGAAUGCCUACAAGAUGGUUUUUAGAUUCCCUAGUGGUUAAGCCCACUAGGGAAAUUGCAAUUAUGGUUUGGGUGUUGCAUAAUGAACAAGAUUUGAUUGGAGGGCUUAAGGUAAAGGAAUCAUUAGAGGCAGUGAUCAUAAUAUAAUAAAAUUCACUGUGCAGUUUGAGAAAGAGAAGCUAAAAUCAGAUGUAUUAAUAUUACAGUGGAGUAAUGGGAAUUAGAGGCAUGAGAGAGGACCCGGCCAAAAUUCAUUGGAAGGGAAUGACGGCAGAACGGCAGUGGCUGGGUUUUCUGGGGAAAUUUGGAAGGUGCAGGAUAGAUACAUCCCUAAGGUGAAGUAGAAUUCUAAAAGGAGGAUGAGGCAACUGUGGCUGGCAAGGGAAGUCAAAGGCAGCAUAAUAGGAAAAGUGAGGGCAUAUAAUAUAGCAAAAAAUAGUGGGAAGCUUUUAAAAAUCAACAGAAGGAAACUAAAAAAGCCAUAAGCAGAGAAAAUUAUGAAGAUAAGCUAACCAAUGAUAUAAAAGAGGAUACUAAAAGUUUUUUCCAGAUAUACAGUACUGUGUAAAGGUUUUAGCACAUACCUAUAGCUUGGGUGCCUAAGACUUCUGCACAGUACUGGAGUAAUUUUAUGGACUGCACUGUACUGCUGUUGCAAAAAUAACAAAUUUCGUGACAUAUGUGAGUGAUGAUAAACCUGAUUCUGAUUUGAGUCUCUAUUGUGGGCUGAUAGUGGGAAGGGGUAGGGAGAGGGCAAUCAUGGUUGGGAAAAGGGAAAGAGAGAGGGGAGGGAAUGGGGGGUCAUCUGUAAUGAUGAAUAAACCAAUUGUUUAGAAUGAAAUGACCUUGCCUAGUGUCUCAAGGCUCAGUGUGCCCCAUCUGUCCCACACCCCUCCCGCACGCACUCCAUUCUCACUAUUCCAACAUCCUUGCUUUCACCAGAUUUACAAACUCACUCUCUGCUCCAUGUUGACAAAUACACUACUGUGCAAAAGUCUUAGGUGCCCCAGCUGUAUUUUGUAUACGUGCCUAAGACUAUGGCACAGUAUUGUAUAAAGAGUAAAAGAGAGGUGAGAGUGGAUAUCAGACCACUGGAAAACUAAUAAUGGAGGACAAGGACAUGGCGGGUGAACUUACUACACUAAGUAUUUUGCAUCAGUCUUCGCUGUGGAAAACACCACAGUAUGCCAGAAAUUUGAGAGUAUUAGGGGACAGAAGUGAGUGUAGUUGCUAUUACUAAGGAGAAGGUGCUUGGGAGGCUGAAAAACUUGUGGGUAGAUAAGUCACCUGGACCAGAUGGGCUACACCUUAAGGCUCCGAAAGAAGUAGCUGAAGAGACUGUGGAGCAUUAGUAGUGAUCUUUCAAGAAUCACUAGAUUCUGUAAUGGCUCUGAAGUACUGGUAAAUUGCAAAUGUCACUUAUGGUAUUGCAGGAAAGACACCGGCAUUGAUAGAAGACUGGCUGACUGGCAGGAAGCCAAGAAUGGGAAUAAAGGGAUCUUUUCUGGUUGGCUGCCACUGAUGAGUGGUGUUCUGCAAGGGUUGGUGUUGGGACCACUUCACAUUAUAUGUCAAUGAUUUGGAUGAUGAAAUUCGUGGCUUUGUGGUCAAGUUUGUGGACAAUAUAAAGAUAGGUGGAAGGGCAGGGAGUCUGCAAACGGACUAAGACAGAUCAGGAGAAUGAGCAAAGAAGUGGCAGAUGAAAUAUAGGUUAAGGAAGUGUAUGGUUAUGCACUUUAGUAGAAGGAAUAGAGGUAUAGACCAUUUUCUAUAUGGGGAGAAAACUCAGAAAUCAGAGAUGCAAAGAGACUUGGAAGUCCUAAUGCAGGAUUCCCAAAAGGUUAACUUGCAGGUGGAGAAGUUGGGAAAGAAGGCAAAUGCAGUGUUAGCAUUCAUUUCAAGAGAAUUGGAAUAUAAAAGCAAGGAUGUAAUGCUAAAGCUUUAUGAGGCACUUAUCAGACUGCAUUUGGAGAAUUGUGAGCAGUUUUGUGCCCCUUUAGGAAAAGAUAUACUGGCAUUGGAGAAGGAUCAGAGGAGAUUGAUUCCAGGAAUGAAAAGGUUUAACAUAUGGGAAGCAUAUGAUGGCUUGGGGCAUGUACUCUCUGGAGUUUAGAAGAAUGAUGGGGGAGAUCUGAUUGAAACCUAUUGAAUAUUGAAAGGCCUAGAGUGGAUGUGGAGAGGAUGUUUCCUUUAGUGGCAGAGUUUAGGACCAGAGGGCAGUCUCAGAACAGAGGGACAUCCCUUUAGAACAGAAAUGAGAAAUUUCUUCAAAAGGGCAACAAUUAUACCAGUGCCAAAGAAGAGCAGUAUGAGCAGCGUUAGUGAUUAUCCACCAGUAGCACUCACAUCUACAUUGACGAAAUGCUUUGAGAGGUUGGUCAUGGCUGGAAUCAACUUCCGUCUCACCUGGACCUACUGCAAAUUGCCAAUCGCCACAAUAGGUCUAAAGCGGGCAUGAUCUCAACGGCUCUCUGCGCAGCCUUGGAUCACCUGAACAAUACGAGUACCUAUAUCAGGAGGCUAUUCAUUAACUAUAGCUCAGCGUUUAACACCGUAAUUCCUACUGUCCUGACCGAAAAGCUAUGGAACCUGGACCUCUGUACCUCCCUCUGCAACUGGAUCCUCAACGUCCUAAUUGGAAGACCACAAUCUGCGGAUUGAAAAUAACAUCUCCACCUCACUGUCAGUCAACACUGGUGCACAUCAGGGAUGUGUGCUUAGCCCACUGCUCUACUCUCUUUGUGCCCAUAACUGUGUGGCUAGGCAUAGCUCUUUCUUUCUUUUUAAAUCUUUUUAUUGAGUAAGUAUACAAAAAAGGUAAGCCAUAUAAACAUUAAUACAAUGUUAAAGUAUAAUAAAAUUCCAAAAGAUAACAAUACCAAAAAGAAAAUACUACAAACAAUGUAAUUUAAGCAUAAGAAACCAAGAUAACAUAAUAGUAUACUAGAUUUUAUAUAUAUCAAUGGAAAAAAAGAAAAAAAAACCCCAAAAAAAAAACCCACCGUGCCACUAACUAAAAGCAAAGCAAAGCAAUGGGCUAACUUGAAACCAAACAGAGUUAAACUUAAAAUCACGUCCUCAAUCCCGACCUCCAUUAAAACAGUGAAAAAAAAACAAGAAGGGUAAAUAUUACAUUAAAUGAAAAUAUCGAAUAAAAGGUCCCCAAAUCUGUUCAAAUUUAAAUGAAGAAUCAUGAAGGUUACUUCUAAUUUUCUCCAGAUUCAAACAUAAAAUCGUCUGAGAAAACCAAAAAAAGGUAGUUGGAGCAUUAAGCUCUUUCCAAUGUUGUAAAAUACAUCUUUUCGCCAUUAAAGUAAGAAAUGCAAUCAUUCUACGGGCUGAAGGGGAAAGAUUACUAGAAAUUUUAGGUAGUCCAAAGAUAGCAGUAAUAGGGUGAGGAGAGAUAUCUAUAUUUAAUACCUUAGAAAUAAUAUUGAAAAUAUCUCUCCAAAAAGUUUCCAAAGUAGGGCAAGACCAAAACAUAUGAGUUAAAGAGGCUAUCUGCCCCGAACAUCUAUCACAGAAAGGAUUAAUAUGCGAGUAAAAACGCGCUAACUUAUCUUUGGACAUAUGUGCUCUAUGCACCACUUUAAAUUGAAUUAGGGAAUGUUUAGCACAAAUAGAGGAAGUAUUAACUAAUUGUAAAAUCUGCCCCCAAUCAUCCACAGAAAUGGUAAGCCCCAAUUCCUGUUCCCAAUCUACCCUAAUCUUAUCAAAUGGAGCUUUCCUAAGUUUCAUAAUAAUAUUAUAAAUAGGCAUAGCUCUAAUGCCAUCUUUAAAUUUGCUGAUGAUACAACCAUUGUUGGCAGAAUCUCAGAUGGUGACAAGAAGGUGUACAGGAGUGAGAUAUAUCAGCUAGUGGAGUGGUGUCACAAUAACAACCUUGCACUCAAUGUCAGUAAGACCAAAGAGCUGAUCGUAAACUUCAGAAAAGGGUAAGAUAAGGAAACAUAAAUCAAUCCCCAUUGAGUGACCAGAAGUGGAGAGAGAGAGAGAGUAAUUUCAAGUUCCUGGGUGUCAAUAUCUCUGAGGAUCUAACCUGGUCCCAACAUAUCGAUGCAGCUACAAAGAAGGGAAGUUAGCAGCUGUAUUUCAUCAGGAGUUUGAGAUUUGGUUUGCCACCUAAAGCACUCAAAACCUACAGAUGAACUGUGGAGAGCAACAGUCUGGUAUGGUGGGUGGGGGGCUACUUCUCGGCAUUGUAGUAAGCUGCAGAGAGUUGUAAAAUGAGUCUGCUUCUUCAUGGAUACCAGCCUCCAUAGCAUCCAAAACGUCCUCAAGGAGCGGUAUCUCAGAAAGGCGGUGCCCGUCAUUAAGGACCCCCACCACCCAGAACAUGCUCCUUUCUCACUGUUACCAUCAGGCAGGAGGUACAGAAGCCUGAAGGCACACCCUGAGGAAUUCAGGAACAACUUUUUCCCCUCUGCCAUCUGAUUCCUGAAUGGACAUUGAACCCAUCAACACUACCUCACUAUCUUUCUGUAUUGCAUUGUACUGCCGCCACAUAGUCAACAACUUUCAUGACAUAUGCCAGUGAUAUUAAACCUGAUUCUGAAUUUCUUUAGCCAAAGGCUGGUGAAUCGGUGGAAUUCUUUACCACAGCUGGCUGUGGGGAUCAAGUCAUUAGGUAUAUUUAAAGCAGCAGUUGAUAAGUUCUUGAUUAGUAAGGAUGUCAAAGGUUGUGAGGUGAGGCCAUGAUAGAAUUGUGGACCAGACUUGAUGGGCCAAAUGGCCUAAUUCUGAUCCAAUGCCCCAUGGUAUUAAAAAAAUCCAAAGUUUCUGAGACAAAUUUCACAAGUACUGCUCGAACUGUUUGUGUUCAGUCUGUUCAGGUUUUCAGCACUUGCAUUAAUUUCCUGUUCAGAAAAUAUUCAUGGUAUACCUUUAGUUAGUGGUAGCAGGGCAGAGUAAGAACCAUCAUUGCGGAGUCUUAAAGAUAAAAAUCAGGGUUCCUCUUAUGUGCAGUAACACAAGAUUAUUGCACUAUUUUUAGAUGUUGUGUUUCAGAUGAAACAUUAAACAUAACCCUCGCUGCCUUCUCAGGCAAUAUUAGAAGAUCCCAGUUUUUUUUUUGAGGUGAAAAAGUCCCUUAACCAAUUUUGCUAAAUCAUGCUAACUGGCUUUUUAUCUCAUUGCUCUCUGUAAGGCAAAUGGACAGACUCAUUGCCUCAUUUCCUACAUAACAGUGUAAUGUUAAAGUAUAUAAAUUAGCUUAUAAGGUUUUUGCUGCAACCUGAUAUUUUUAAAUGUAAAUUUUUCUUUUAAUCAAAGCAGCAAGUCUGAAUCUUGUACUGGUCUUAUGUAGCUGAUCUCAGUUUAAAUGGGAGGAAAGAUAAUAAAUUGCAAUGCUACUCUUGUGUCAGGAAGUAGAAGAAACAAGUAACAUUACCUGAAGAUGAAUGUUUAACUAUCAAGUGAAGACCUCCAAAUUACAUGCUAGGACAUGCUAUGUACCGCUUUUCAAACACAUCUUGCAAAAUUGCAAGGGGAAAUGAAUCACAGAUGAGCAAGCAUUUUGUCACUGAUAAUGAUGUCAUAUGGGGAUGUUGCAGGUACUGACUUGACCAGUAAAAGAUGGAGUCAAGUUAAAGCAAACUGUUUACCACAAACAUCUGAUUAAAUAAAGGAGCAGCUUGUGUUCAAUUUU